AUGAUCCUUCACCUCUUUACCGAGGUGGCUGGCGGCGUCGCACUGAUCACGCUCGCGAUGCCGGAGAGGAAAAACGCGCUGAGCGUGGAGCUGGUGAACGCGCUGGGCGACCACCUCGCGGCGGCGGCCUCCGACGACGACGUCCGCGUCGUCGUGCUCUCCAACGAGGGCAACACCUUUUGCGCCGGCGCGGACCUGAGCGGCCGCUCAACCGCCGCGCCGCGCCACUCGUUGGUGUCUGUGCUGGAUGCGAUCGUCGAGUGCCCGAAGCCGGUGGUCGGCCGCGUGGCGGGGCACUGCAUGGGCGGCGGCGUUGGCCUCGCGGCCGCGCUGGACGUGUCGGUGGACGAGCUCGUGGGCAAGCUCGUGCGCGGCGGGCCGAAGGCGCUCGCCGCCUCGAAGCAGCUGGUGGCGCGGGUGCCGCAGAUGAGCCGCGAGGAGGCGUUCGACUGGGCGGCGCCCCUCUCGCAGCAGCUCUUCCACUCGGACGAGGCGAAGGAGGGCAUCGCCGCGUUCAAGGAGCGGCGCGACGCGGCGUGGGUGCCGGCGUGA